AUGGAAUCUGAAGCUCAAGAUUCGACAUCAAAUGUCAUUCAGACGUCUCGGAAAUCAUUGUAUAUGAUUUUUAAAGAGAGUCCUGCUAAAAACUUAGAUGAUAAAGUAUCAUUUAUGGAAAAUAAGCUUCGAGAAAUGAUGAAAUGUCCCCGGAACGAGUUUCAAACCUUAGGUCACGAUUUAAGACAUUUUAAAUCAGAUUUAAAAAAGAGAUGGGUAUCGUGCAAUUAUAUUGAAGACAGAUUUAUGAAAAAGAACGAAAGAUGGCUUAGUAAUUCAAUACCAGUACAUACAUGGAAGCAAAACACCAAGCCAGGGCGCCCAAGCAAGGACUUCCAAGAAUUGACUGAUCGCAGUAAAAGACGGAAAACAAAACAACUUCGUGAGGAGGUACCAGUUGAAGUGCUUACUUUUGCUGCUAGCGUCAGUCAAAAUGUGUCAGGAAAUGCUGCGGCUUCGAAACUUAUAAAAGAUGCAACAUCUUCACCAACAAGAGCGAAGCGGUACAGAAAAGUAAUAAAUACUACUCUAGAACCAAAAAUAAAAAAGUACACACCUGAUGAAGCUUUGCGCAUUUUUAUCGAAGGUGGCUUUACAAGGAAACAAUGGGAGUUACUGCACAAAUCAACUAAAGGUAUAUUCCCUUGUUAUACCCUUAUUAGAGAAGCAAAGAAACUCUGCUAUCCAAAACCAGAGGCAAUUCAAGUAACGGAGACUUGUGUAGAAGUUGUGCUCCAAGACUUACUGGAUCACACAGCUAAGAGACUUUGUCUUUAUCUUGAAGAUGUACUCCAAAACUGUACAACAAAAGAAUUGAAAAAUCUGGAGCUCAUUUCAAAAUGGGGUUGUGAUGGCUCUCAUCAAACUCCCUACCAACAAAAGUUUUUAGACAGCUCUCAUGAUGACUCUCAUAUAUUUCAAAGUUCAUUGGUACCCUUGAGAUUACAGUCACAUAUCGGAAACAAAAUGAAGACUUUAUGGCAAAAUCCGACACCAUCAUCUACUCGGUUUUGUCGGCCAAUCCGGAUUCGAUUUCUCCACGAAACAGUAGAUAUAACAAAUGAUGAAAUAAAAUAUGUAGAAGACCAAACCAAACAACUAGUAAGAACUGAAAUAGAAAAUCAUUAUAGAGGCACUUUCGUGCGACAUACAUUACUCCCGACCAUGGUUGAUGCAAAAAUUUGCAACGCAGCUACUUCCACGUCAUCCACUAUGAGAUGUUACAUAUGUGGCAAAACUUCCAAAGCUUUUAAUGAUCUCGAAAAUUUAAAUGCAGAGGAUCCUCAAUCAUUAAGAUUCGGAUUACUGCUGCUCACAUCAGAUCCAUUUAUAAGUUGUUUACGGAAACUUAACCCGAGCAAAAGCCAGCCUUUCAUGAGAGAAACUAUUGAGUUGAUCGAGCCGGAAGAACUGGAUUCAGAAGUAGACCAAUUAACAAGUCUUGCUUACUCUGAUGAAUCAGACUAA